AUGCAGCGCGCAAUUGAUCCAAAAGGCGGAAAAGCUACUGCUCCACCGGAUCUUUGGAUCGCAGGGCUCGGAUCGCAAUAUCCGCCCCACGUCCUCGAGCCGAAAGAUCUUUACGACUUCGCGACAAGAUUUCAUAACCCUGAAACACCUGGAUUGAAGAGGCUUCUUGCCAUCAAUAAGAGGACUGGCAUCGAGACUCGGUCGGCAGUAUCGACAUACAAGGAUGGCUUCGGCACAGGGAAAGAUCCGCCCACUAUAGCAGACAUCGACAGCUUCUUCCGUGUGGUCGGUGUCGAUCUAACCGUUCAGGCGAGCCGGAAAGCAUUGCAAGAAUGGGGCGGCAACAAGAGCCAAAUCACGCAUACCGUCGGCGUGACAUGCACAAGUCAGGGCAAUCCUGGAUACGAUGUUCUCGUCAACCAAGCGCUCGGGCUCGAAGCAUCGAUAGAUCGGACCCUCCUCCACGGCGUAGGCUGUGCUGGUGGACUUGCUAUUAUGCGAGCAGCUGGGCAGAUUGCCGCAGGUGCUACCGCGUUUGGUCGACCAGCUCGUAUCCUUGCUUUUGCUUGCGAGCUCUCGACGCCGCAUAUGCGCUGCGAGCUUGCGGCGGCAGAGAGGAAGCCAUCGGAUCAAGUCGGUAUCGCCGGUGCUCUCUUCUCGGAUGCCGCUGCAGCUUUUGUUCUUACGAACAGAUCCUGCACCGUCAUCUCGCGAGAUGUGCCCAGCUUGAUCAAACAAGCCGUAAAGCCUGUGUUGGAUGGCAUGCUGCUCGGCUGUCGAGUGCCAAGCACGGACAACUUUGACUGGGCAUUGCAUCCCGGCGGUACUGCUGUGGUCGACGGCGUGAAGGAAGCAAUGGGCUUGACCGAACAUCAGCUCCGAGCAACGCGAGAAAUCUACCGUACGAAGGGCAACAGCUCAUCUCCGACCGUGCUGAUCGUGCUCGAUAGAUUGAGAUCGAUGGACUCUAGUAGGGGCAAUAUUGUUGCUGCUUCGUUUGGACCGGGCCUUGCAAUCGAAAUGGCGCUGCUCGAGCGUUGUUGA